AUGAGCGCACCUUUCGGUCACGUUUUAAGCAAAAGCUGCACGAAUUGGCUUAAUUGCCCCGCCGCGACGAAGCAGGGACCUAUAACAUUUUUAAUCCAACAGCAUCUUCUUGAACCUUAUGGCGAGGUGAAAGAAUUCUUUUUGAUGCAUGAAGAUUAA